ACAACAACACCUGAGUGGCGUUGACCUGAGUCUCCAAAGGACGGGCCACAGAAGAGGAGGCGAAGGCGGUGGGGUCCCCUUUUGGAAAACUUGGCGCUUCGAGUUCGUAGAGGGACCCUGUGGAGACCAAGGGAGCUCUCGUCUUCUUCCUUCUCCUCCUUCUCCUCCUCCUCCUCCUGCUAUAUGUCCCGAUGGAGACGAGCGGAGGGGACCCUGCUGUGCCCUCUCCCGCCCCGGAGCCGCGUCCCCUGCCGCCUGCCCUGCGGGCGCUGGGCUCGUUCGCGAUGCGGGCGGUGCUGUGCCUGGCGCCGGUCUACCUGGCGGGCUCCUUGGGGCUGAGCCCCAUCUGGCUCCUCAUGGCGCUUCUGCUCUGGAUGUGGUGGCGGAGGAACCGGCGGGAGAAGCGCUCCCGGCUCUGCGCCGCCUUCGGGCUCCUCGAGGACGAGGCCCAGGCCAUCCGCCAAGGCAUCGCCCGCCAGCACAUGCCCGCCUGGGUUCACUUUCCUGAUGUUGAGAGGGUAGAAUGGCUGAAUAAGAUUGUUGAACAGUCUUGGCCAUACUUUGGGGCAAUUAUGGAAAAAACAUUCAAAGAAGUCCUUGAACCAAAAAUCAGAGCAAAGCAUGUGCACCUGAGAACAUGUACAUUCACCAAGAUCCACUUUGGAAAUAAGUGCCCUAAAAUCAAAGGAGUGAAGGCUUAUACCAAAGAAGUGGAUAGAAGACAAGUGAUGCUGGAUUUGCAGAUAUGUUAUAUAGGAGACUGUGAAGUUCACAUGGAAUUGUCCAAGUUUAAAGUAGGAGUGAAGGGCAUCCAGCUGUAUGGAACUCUGCGAGUGAUCCUCGAGCCCCUAUUGACAGAUAUACCUUUUGUAGGAGCUGUAACUCUAUUUUUCAUCCAGAAACCUCACCUGGAAAUCAACUGGGCAGGACUCACCAACCUAUUAGAUGCUCCAGGCAUUAGUAUAUUGUCAGACUCUUUAAUACAAGAUUUCAUAGUUUCCCGGCUGGUGUUGCCAAAUAGAAUCACCAUCCCACUGAAGAAGAACAUUAAUAUCGAUCAGUUACGGUUCCCUAUUCCACGUGGAGUAGUAAGAGUGUACCUACUGGAAGCAGAAAACCUUGUCCAGAAAGACAACUUUCUUGGAGCAAUCAGAGGAAAGUCAGACCCUUAUGCUCUCCUCCGUGUUGGAGUGGUGCAGUUACGAAGCAGGACGAUACAAAGAAAUCUGAAUCCCAUUUGGAAUGAAAUGUUUGAGUUUGUUGUUCAUGAACUGCCUGGCCAGGAUCUAGAAAUAGAUCUCUAUGAUGAAGACCCAGAUAAAGAUGAUUUCCUGGGCAGCUUGGUCAUAAACCUGACAAAUGUCAUGAAAGACAAAGUUGUUGAUGAGUGGUUCCCUUUAAGCAAGAUAGCAAGUGGGCAUGUGCAUCUGAAGCUUGAAUGGUUUUCUUUGGUCACCAGUCAAGAGAAACUUCGAGAGGACAGGAAUGGUCUGGCGACAGCAAUUCUUAUAGUGUAUUUACACAAUGCCUUCAAUCUUCCUAAAAAUCAAUAUGAAUAUUCCAAUGGUGAAUAUGGAGGAAAGAAGUACAGAAAAGACAGAUACCUCAAGAAGGUGGAGAGGGAGCCCUCUUCGUUUGUUCUACUUACAGUGGGCAACAAGACUCACAGAAGUAAGACCUGCAACUUCACCAAAGAUCCCACCUGGGGUCAGGCGUUCACGUUCUUUGUCCACAGUGCUGCAUCACAGUCUCUCCAUCUGGAGAUCAAGGAUAAGGACCGUGAGAAUGCCCUAGGCACCCUGGUGCUUUCACUUAGCCACUUACUAAAGAAACCUGAGAUGACAAUGGCAGAAAACUUUCAGCUGGAUCAUUCUGGUGUGGACAGCUCUAUUAAACUGAAAGUGGUACUGAGGGCUUUGGAUGUGGAGAAACCAGAUCCAGAAGGGACAAAUGGCUUAAAUAAAGUGCUUAUCCCUGCCACAGAGCAAGAUGGAAAGCAAGACAUUGCACUGUUGCCGCCACCCCCUCCACCACCCCCUCUCCAACCCACAGUGCCAAAAGUAGAAGUGUCCAAGGCACCUGAAGAGAGCAAAGAUGGGGGCCUGCCUGGACCCACAGGUGACAGGCAGGUGAACAGUGCUAACCUUAAUGUGAAUGAGAAACUGUCUGGGCCUAUUGUAAUAGAAGCAGCUUCUGGACUUAACCACCAAGCAGAUCCUCGAGGCUUGGACUCCAAAUUCUUGACACUACCAAAGAACGCCCCUAUAUUGCCAGCUUUGCAGAGACUUCAAAUGGCCCCUAGCGUUGCAUCUCUGGACUCUGUAGGCUCUUCAACCAUUGAUGUCACUUGCAGCAAUCUGGACCUUAACAAUGGAAUGCUUCCUGCCGGGCAGCCCUUGGGACAGAUUCACCUCACUAUACGCUACGCCUCCCUCAGACAGUCUCUUGUCGUAUUCAUCAAUGCAUGCAGAAAUUUGACACCCUGUUCACGGCAAGGUGCACAUCCAUAUGUCCGCAUCUACUUGCUGCCAGAUAAAAGAUGGGCAACCAGAAAGAGAACUACCAUCAAGAAAAGAACGCUGAAUCCUCACUAUGAUGAAAAAUUUGAAUAUUUUGACACUUUGGAAGAAAUUAAGAAACGAGCUUUAGACAUUGCAGUGAAAAACAGAAAGCCAUUCAUUUCACAUGAAAGAAAAGAACUUGGGAAGGUGCUGAUUGACUUGUCAAAGGAAGACUUACUGAAGGGCUUCUCACAAUGGUACCAACUGACAAUGAAUGGACAACCUUGCAGCUGAUAUCUAACAUCUGAAGAACAAAGGAAUCAAGUGUAUAUAUGUAUAUUUUGUACUUUUAAGAGUGCCACCAAAUGACUUUUUAGAUUUUUAUAUUUAAAUUGCACUAUUAAGUUAUUUAAUUAACAUGGGAUUUAAUACUCCCAUGUAGAAUAUUCUGUUGUAACUUCCAAGUGCCUUUCUUAGUAACAGUCCCAACUCUUGAUCUGAGUUUGAGAACACAACAGAAAUUACAUACUCAGGAAUAAGCUCCCAUGUUUACUACUGUUUGUGUAUUGGUGACAUUUAUGAAGGUCUACUAUGCAGGAACUAGUGCUGCUAGUACACUAGGAAACAGUGCAGAAGCACUGCACACACUAAACGUUACUCCAACAUUCUCUCUAGGCAUUGGAGCUGAGAUGGAGAGAACACAAUGUUCUGUAGUGCCUAAGAGUAAAUAUAUUAAGACUCAUUGUAUUUAAGUUGCAUCAAGUUUUCUCUGUCUAGCCAGGAUCCAGCCUCCUUUCUGCCUGGCUGCAAAUUGAGACAACUACUGCAGGUGAACUUUCACGGCAAUCCUGGACUUUUUUAAAGAGUCCUUUUUUUCCAGGCAAAUACCAGGAGUUAUAGGGGAAGAAUGGUUGGUGGAUAUACAGCAUCAGCCAUCCCACCAACUGCUCUUCUGCUGUCAAAUUAAUUGGGGCACUUUUUAUGUGCCUGGGAUCAUUAGGUAGAUAGAAGGGACAAACCCAUGGCAAUGUGUGGUGGUUUGAAUGAUUGCAGAGAUUGCAUUACUCCGACUCUUCGUAUGCAGCCUUCCUGAUCAUAGCUGCUUUGAGAGUCAGAGUGAAAACACUGUGAAGUACAAGUCUUAUGCUACUUAAACCAGAGAAAAAGAAUAUACAGUUCUCAAACUUUUAAAUCUAGAUGUAAUUAAUGUUUAUAAUGAAUAAAGUGAGUCAUGAAACUUC